CGAAUGCUGCGACAAUUUUCCAGCUCGAAAAGCCUUCGAAGUGAAGAGCUUUACGUUCACCGCGAUAGCAAAGAUAACCACGCGGGCACGCCCUUUGAGUUUACGGAGGCUAAUCUGACGAGAUUGUGUGCGAUUAUCCAGAAUUAUCCCGUGGGCUGCGAGCGGUCAGCGCUCGGGGCGGCCCUGGACAUCGUACAGAGGCAGAUGGGAUGGAUCCCGAUAUCAGCCAUGCACCGGGUCGCGGAGAUCCUCAAUGUGCCCCGCGUGAGGGUUUAUGAGUGGGCCACGUUUUAUACUAUGUGUAAAAGACGUUAUAGAGGGAAGUUUAAUAUAAAAGUUUGCGUGACAACACCGUGCAUGCUUCGCGGUUCUGACGUCAUUCUCCAAGCCGUGGAAGAAGCCACAUGCUGCAGUGUUGGGGGCCUCUCAGCAGAUGGGAUGUUCGGAGUGGACACAGUGCAGUGCCAGGGCGCAUGUGCCAAUGCACCAGUUGUAGUUGUUGAUGAUGAUUACUAUGAAGACGUUACGGUCUGCGACGUGUAUAACAUCAUACAAAUUCUUAAAUGUGGCGGCAUACCACCUUGGGGACCGCAGAGCUGUAGGUUUGUUGCUGAGCCCAGUGCAGGUUUAACUUCUCUGUUGGAGUGUCCGCCACCCCCUGGUUAUGGUUUACAACCGGCAUUAUGCUCGGCCGGACCUUCGCAACCAAAAAAGAAGUAAACAUUUUUACAUGGUGAAUUAGAAGUGUACUGUGUGUUACAUAAUAUGUUUUUUGUACUAAUAAAUGCAUGGUUAAUAA